AUCCCCGCAUCGCCUCCGGUUCUCCUCACACAACAUCGAUCUCUCUAACCCACACACCAGUUUCCGGAGCGCAGAGCUUGAGAAGCCGACGAGAAGCUUCUUGCCGAGCACUUCUUGCUCUGCUUCUCUUCUCUGCGAUCCCAAUCCCCAUCCCGUCUCGUCUCCAUGGCCGCCGUCUCGUCCAAGGCUGUCGCGCUCCUCGCGGCGGUGAUGCUCGCUGUCGUCGCGUCGGCGGUGGCCGUGCGGGUCGUGGACCGGGAGGAGGAGUUCGCCCUGGGCAGCCUCGCCCCUGGGCUCGCCCCGGCACCGGCCCCGGCGGUGCACGGCGCGGCGGCGGGCGCCGUCGCCCCGGGCGCGUGGGCCGUGGCCGCGCUCGUCUCGCUCCUCGCCUUCCUCGCUCACUGAGACUGAGGCGUGCUUCCGUUGUUUUGCGGAUCGACCUGGAGAGGCCUGUUAGAUUGAGAGAUGGAAUCCUGCUGUUUGGAUUGCGGCGAGUUGCGUCUGUUUCUUUCGUUCGAUUUAGCGGUUGCUAUGCUAGCAGUGAUUGCUUAUUCAUUGGGAGUGUCUUGUAGCGCCUAUCUCUCUUUUGCCUGUAUAAGAGAGUAGCAAUAUGUUUGAAUAAUAUUAUUUAUUAAAUAUUCUUUAUAUGCACUGUUGA